CUUUUUCGGUCUCGUUCUAUCUUGGUCUUUAAAAACACUUAAGAAUAUCACACAUAUUUUUAUCCUAACAAUGCAAAUACCUGAAGAUCUCCUUUUAUUCAAAGUACCAUCGGAAUAUCGUCCUGGUGAUGACAAACUUAGCAAAAUCAUUUUGUCUAAUUCAACUAUUGUUGAUCAGAUUCUGAAAUUUCUCUUGGAUGUUGCACCUAGUACUUAUACCACUGCUAAUACUGAGUGGUCAAACGCCUUGAGAAGCGACAUUCUCUAUGUCCCACGUAUCGGCAUUUCCAAUAGUCUCCCACCUAUACUCAUUGAGGUACAAAAACGCGUAGACAAAACCUUCAUGGCAAGACUAAUUACCUACUCCAUUAACGUCUUCAUGCGAUAUAAAUGUUAUCCGAUUGUACUAAUAUUCUGUGUGGAUACAGUGAGUCAAGAUGUUAUGCAGACAUUUGAGCAAUCAAACACAAAAGAGAAUAUGUUUGAAACAAUAUGUUAUAACUGGGCUAAAAACUGCCAUUUAAUUUCUAAUCGGAUCAUCGAGCCUGCCUUAAGUAACGAAAGUUCUGCCAUGGAUCCCAUUGUAGCAAUACAGUACUUCUUCGGUAGUCAACAAAGGAACAUCACGACUUUGGAUCUUCACGAUGACGUGACGAUUAUUGAACUAUAUACAAUCGCCAAAAAUGAAACAGAAAAAUACGCUGAUGCCAGCGAGUCUCAGUUGAAUGCUUUGGCGACAAUAUGUUCUGCUUCUGAAGACCAGUUUAAAAAAAUCAAAAGCAUUCUUAAAGAUGAACUGACAGCAAAUAGCAAAGCUUUUAAAUAUGUUAAUCAAAGUAUUGAUUACCAUUCAAAAUUAAAAAGAAAAUAUGAAGAAAUUAUAUUUGAAGAUAAGGAUGGGACAACAACACCAAUGGAAGAACCAGCAGAAAUCACAGUCAUUGAGUCAGUGGUUCCAAAUUCGUUAACUGAUACAGAAAUAACGUUUAUUGAAAACUUUAUCUCCAAAAAAAAUGGCAGAAUGUCUUGGAAGACUUGUUGGGAGACUGGUAGUCGAGUUGGUUACUUUAAACGAUAUAGAAACGAGCAGAGCUUACGCGUAGUAUAUUCACGUUUAAGAAAGAAUUGAAAAUAAAAGAAGGGUAGUAGAUAUUGCUAUGAAUUUAUCAAUCGAUACUUAAUUAUAGUUUAAGCGCUUACGCGAAAUGAGUCUCCUUUUUAUUGGGGUGGGGGAGGAAGCAGC